UUUACAUUCGGAACCUCUCAACCGAACACUUCCGAGUGCGGCAAACAACGCCCACUCCUUGUAGUAUCUUGACAGUCACAUGACACCCAAAUAGCCAAAAUGCGGCAGAUUCUAAAAGUGUUUUUAUUUGUUGUUAAUCUAACAGUAUGCAGUUCUUCAUACAUUUACAGGAGAAUAUCGCCUUAUAAUCCCAACUUAUCCCAGGAAUUACCAGAUUCAGUCCAUUAUGAAACAUUGUUUUUCGAUCAGCAGGUUGACCACUUUGGCUUUUACAAUAAAGACACAUUCAAACACCGCUAUCUGGUAGCUGAUCAAUUCUGGAACCAUAAUGGUGGACCUAUCUUUUUUUAUACUGGAAAUGAGGGUGACAUUACCUGGUUCUGUAACAAUACUGGCUUUAUGUGGGACAUUGCCAAUGAGUUCAAGGCUCUACUGGUGUUUGCUGAGCACCGCUAUUAUGGAUCUUCUAUUCCAUAUGGACCAUCUGUUUUCAAGGAUUCCAAGAAGUUGAACUAUCUUACUUCAGAGCAAGCUCUAGCUGAUUUUGCUGUGCUUGUAAAGUAUCUAAAAGACACUAUGCCUGGGGCUACAAAUAGUUCGGUGAUUGCCUUUGGAGGGUCCUAUGGUGGUAUGCUUGCAGCCUGGUUCAGGAUCAAGUACUCAGGCAUUGUUGAUGGAGCACUUGCAGCAUCAGCUCCAAUUUGGCAGUUUCAGGGACUGACACCAUGCUCUGCAUUCCUAAAUGUGACCACUAACACGUUCAGUAGCACAUCACGUACCUGUGCUAACAACAUCCGACGAUCCUGGAAGACAAUUGAUGAAAUCACUGUUACAGCUGAAGGAAGACGCCAUGUUAGUAAGACGUUCAGGUUAUGCAAAGAUCUAACAUCAACAGCAGAUGUGACGAUUUUCAAAGACUGGCUGUCAAAUAUUUGGGUGAACUUGGCUAUGGUGGAUUAUCCAUACCCUGCAAACUUUCUGGAACCUCUUCCAGCGUGGCCUAUUAAGGUUGCUUGCUCCUAUCUGCUGGAUGAUUUGACUGAAUUAAGUUUAAUUGAUGGUCUUUAUAAAGCUGUCAAUGUUUAUUUCAACUCCACUGGGAAUGUCAAGUGUCUUAAUACAUCUCAGCAAGCAACUGGCAGUUUAGGAGAUGCUGGAUGGGAUUAUCAAGCCUGUACAGAAAUGGUGAUGCCAGCGUGUGCCGAUACCAAUAGCAUGUUUGAACCUUCAGAGUGGAAUUUCACUGCAUACAGUGAAGGAUGUUAUAAACAGUUCAAAGUCAAACCCAGAGAAUACUGGAUCAUUGAGCAGUACAAUGGGAAAAACAUCAAAGACACUGGAAAUAUUAUUUUCAGUAAUGGCUUGUAUGACCCGUGGUCGAGCGGCGGUGUGAUGCAGUCGUUGACAAACACAAUGAUCAGCAUUCAGAUCCCGUAUGGAGCUCACCAUCUAGAUCUGAGGUUUGCCAAUGCACACGACACAUCUUCUGUCAGAGCAGCUCGCACACAAGAAAAAAACAUCAUUCGCCUUUGGUUAACAGGAAAUUCCUUGCCGCAAAACUAAUAUCAGUCAUUUUUGUUACCCAGACAACUGAUUUCUCUGUGAUAGAAUGAAAAAUUGUGAAAUCGUAUAUUUCACUAGAAAAUAUAGCAAAAAAUAUUUUACUAUAUUUGAACAGUUUUAUAAAUCAUAUUGAUCUUUAUCCAAGACUUUAAAUCAAUGAGUAAAUCAACUCCAGUGUAAACACCACAACUGAAAGUUUUAUACACUCCCUCAUAUAGUCCUAUUAACUUUCAGUGCACUUAGAGAUCCAGGUGGGUUAAAAGCAACUCAUCGCACACAACGGAGCACAGUAGGUUGACUGGUUAUUGGUGUGACGAGAUGCAUCAGUACAGUUUUGGAGUCUGGAAUUAAAAUACCAUAUGGACAUUCUGUUUGAAGAUAUAGUGAGCCUCAAUUUAGCGAGCCUUACUGAUAAAACCACCCCACCCACCCCAAAACAUAAGGAAAUUUUGUGGCAAACUUCCUCCAUUCUUGUCUUUGAUUUAUGCCAUUUUUGUUUUUAUUUUGUUUAGCUGCCAGUAUCAUUUUCUUAUAUUAUAACAGUAAUAAACCCAACUUAGCAGACUCACUUAAAACCUUUGACCGAUAGAAACCUUGAAAUAUUAAACUGCAAAAAUAA